UGGAUCAACUUUCUGUUUGUGUCAAGAGUUCAAUAGCAUAACCGGUAAAACUGUUGAUACUUGUGGCGCUACCAUCGAGGCGGAAAUCGUGUGUGUCCCAUAUUUUUCAAUAACACUCGCUCGAUAGACACCGUCGAUGCGGGUUGGAGUCACCGGGCUCUGCAAAUGGAGAUUGUGCCAUCGGACUGGUGAAAAGGAAGAGCGCAGAUGACGGCCAUCGCCAUGAAAAGCCACGAAUAUCUUCCCGGAAGAAUCCAAAAUGACGAACGAGAUUGGUACGAAAGCGACUUACAACUGGCGGCCGAAUUGGGGAAGACGUUGCUGGAAAGGAAUCAAGAGCUAGAAUGUAAUUUAAGACAAUACGCUACUUACGUCGAAGAACAAAAUCAAGAAAUCGAGUUCCUGACCAGGCAGCUUUCCGCUAUGAAAGAUGUCAACGAAUCUCGCCUGAAGCUCUACGAACAGUUAGAGACGAGUAUCGCCGAAUUCGACAAGACAAAUAUCAAACUGCAACAAGAAUCGAUCGCCGAUAAGAAAAAGAUAAAAAGUCUCAAUAAUACGGUGAAUUUGCUGGAGAAAAGAUGCGAAGAUUUAGAAAUGUUAGUGGAAGAGUUAAAAAAUACGAGAGAAUACGGAGAAACCAUACAAGAAAUCAUCAAGCAUAACGAUUGCGACAUCCUUGUAAAGACAAAAGACGUCUUCAAGAACAAAGAAAAUGAAUACGAAGAGGAAAUUUGCAAAUUGAAAGCAUCCCUUUCCAAAGCAAAAAGCAAUAUGGCCAGGGAACAGAGACAGAGAGAAGAAUUGGAACUUGAACUUAGUUUCUUGUUACAGGACAAUACGACUCUUCAGAAACAGUUAGAAUGUUACAAAGAGAAAUUGUUAUAUUUGGAUGGAAAAUGUAGUCGGCAGGACGAAUACGAAUGUAUCCAGAUCAACAGAUCGCUUCAUCAUCAUCAUCAAUCGUCCAUAAACGAUCUUAUGUACAUGCAAUCCGACGUGGAGGACGAUUCUCUAACUAAAGAGGACCUGACGCUUUUCCACCUCAAUAAUGGCGUCGUGGCUUACGGAAAACAGGAUUCAAUUCUUCCCGUUAGUAACUUAAUCAACGAUUCUCAAUACGAAAUGAGGAAUGCCACGUCUCUUCUGAACGAACUCGAUGCUCAGUAUCGAGUUCUUAUAGAUAAGUACGAAUACAUGGUUCAGAGCAGGGUAAAGAAAGACGAUUCGAAGAAUAUAAACUACGAAGAUUCAUCCACGAAAGAUUCUUUCGUCUCGAAUUCAAACGACACGAAAGAUUCGUCCGAUUGGGAUUCUGGAAUUUCAGAAAUUUCGGAUCAGAGUCUAUCGAGCCAAGUGAGUGUCCAGACGGAUAUUUCGAAUAAAUCCAUCGAAGGAAACUUUAAACACGGGCCGCCAGCUUACAAGAAGCUGUUUGCCGAAAUUUUUAGUGUCUUGAAACGAUCUUUGCCCAACGACGGCGAAGAAGAAUCAAAAGACGCGGUUGCCAAGGAAUCGGUCGUGCCAAAUUCUACUUCGGAGCAAAUGCAAAUUAAUUCAAAAGAGGACUUUUCCGCGACCGAAAAGAAGAAAUCGGAACGUUCCGAUAAAGUAAACACUGCGAAAAAGACUAACGAUGCUCCAGUUUUGAGCAGGAUACAGCCAUCAUCGGUUACUUCUCAACGUAAGUUUGUGAGUAAGAAAUCGUGCAACGAAAUUGUAAAAAACAUAAAAAAUUCCGCAUUUGCAGAAAUUCGAGCCAAGUUCGAAAACAGCAAUAGCAAUAUACCCGUUAAAAAGAACUAUUAUAAGACGUACGCCGAUGUCUUGAAGGGAAGACAUCGAGUCGUCCCUCAAAUCCAAUAAAGACGAUUCUCUAACUAAAACUCACACCCCCAACCAUUGAAUAUUUUACUCGCUUUUAACAGAUGGGAUACUAAAAACAUGAAUUAAUUGCUUAGAAUUUUAAAUAUUGUAUUUAACGGAAUAUUCAAAAUUUGUAUAUUUUAAAAAUAUAUUUUUUAAACGUGAUUAUUUUUAAAACUAAACCCGUGGAAAUACCUUUUGUAGAAACGGAUUUUUUGUAUGUCAUCUUGUAAAUUGGUAAUUUAAAAAAAAUCAAUCUCUAAGUUUCGGGGACUUCUUGUUUAUUAUCUAACAAUUUUUCCACCGCUCCAUCUGCCGCUCUGGAUAACGAGUUCGUAUAUCUCGAGAGCACGAUACAUGCGGGUCCUAUCCGCCAUUGUUGGCUUAACUGUACCCGUGCACGAAAGCACGAAAAAAGGCUUCCUUAGUUAAAAUAAGGAUUGCAUUAACGUAUCCAUUAAUGUAAUGCUGGCAAAGCAUUUAUUCGUAUAGCAUUAACCCGUAGCGCUUUGUGAUUAACCGAAAUACGAAAUGAAAUUUCGCAGCAGUUGAACAGAAUUGGCCAGAUUUCAUUCUUCGGACAAACAUUUGUAGCUAACGUUGUCGUAACUGAAAAUUUGAUAUAUUGGAGGAUGGCGGAGACCCGAAGGAAUGGACGAUUCUAGGAUUAACAAUAGCUUCCGCGUAAUUCGGAUAUGUCCUUUGACGGUUGCGUUGUGGGGAAUCGUCCAACUACUUAGGCUCCAUCCGCAUUAAUUAGAGAUCCACCGGAUUCGAGAUUAGCGCUGGAAAAUGUUGCGUACCGGGCUUUCGAUCGUACGAAAUUUUUCAUUUCGGUAACUUUUACUCGCCUUCUGUUAUACGCAUCGGCCGAAGUGACCCCCAUUUUUGGACUCCGAACCUUUACACGUCGAGAAAGUAAAAAAAUUCGCUUUUUUCUGUAUGUACGGAUGUUAGCGAUUUUGUUCUGGCUUUAAAGCUUAAUGGGCCUUUUGUCGAACAUUUCCGAAACCUUUGCAAGGUUCGUGUAUUAGGGAUUAGCAUCAAUUUUCGUGGUUAAAGGUCGAGGGGAGGUAGAUAAAGUGGGUCGUAUCUCCGGUAGGGUCGGACUUAAUGACGGUUUUAUUCGUUAUUAGCAUUUAUAAUUUUUAAAUAUAAAACUCAUCCUCGCUCUCAAAAUUAACUUAUAAAAUGGAAAAGAGCUUAAACAUAUUUUUAGAAAAUUUUUAUAGCGGAUGGCGCUACCAAAAUUUGAAGCGAUGCGUUUCGUUAAAAAUACGAGAUUUCGCUCGCUAAUUUAUUAUUUUAUUACAUUUCUUCCGGUAAUCGCAACGAGUAUUUUUCCAAAACACCGAUCCAAUUAGCAAUUUCCCGUUGUUUCCUUCUCGACAAAAGGGAAAAAAUAUAUAUAAACGGGUUUUCUAUACAUUACGUCCAACGGAAGGGUAAGGA